UAGGACCGCCGCGGGAGCCGCAGCAGCGCCAUGUCGUCUCCGGCUUCCACCCCCAGCCGCCGCCGCGGCAAGCGCGGCAGGGGCAGCAACCCCCCGACUCCGCAAGAUGUUCGCUCUCCUCCUUCCCAGAAGCGGCGGGCGGACGACUCCACCUCCACCGGGGACCUGCAGCCCCUGCCCACGUCGCCGGCCGCCGACGUGCAGAGCCCCGGCGCCGCCGACGCGCUGUUCUCCAGCCCCCCUCAGUUCCGCCACUCCGCUAUUCCUCUUGACUUCGAUAUCAGUUCACCUUUGACUUACGGCACACCAAGCUCCAGGGUAGAGGGUACUCCACGAAGCGGUGUCCGAGGAACUCCCGUUAGGCAGAGGCCAGAUCUUGGGUCUGCCCGUAAAGCCAGACAAGUUGAUUUACACUCAGAUGGGCUGGCUGAGGAUAUAGUAGCAACCAAGCAAUCUCUUGGACAAAGGCUUGUUAUUUGGGGAACCGAUGUUAAUGUAGCCUCAUGCAAAGAAAAAUUCCAGAGAUUUCUUCAGCGCUUUAUCGAUCCACUAGAUAAAGAGGAUGAAGACAUUGGCUUGGAUCUUAAUGAGCCACGCUAUAUGCAGCGACUUCAAGAGAUUAAUAUUGUUGGGGAACCAUUCCUGAACGUAAACUGUGAUCAUCUAAGAUCGUUUGAUGAAAAUCUCUACAGGCAACUGAUCUGCUACCCUCAGGAAGUUAUCCCAACAUUUGACAUGGCUGCCAAUGAGAUAUUUUUUGAUCGUUACCCUGAUUCAAUACUAGAACAUCAAAUUCAAGUAAGGCCAUAUAAUGCAUUGAAGACUAGGAAUAUGAGAAGUCUAAACCCUGAAGACAUUGAUCAACUCAUCACCAUCAGUGGCAUGGUCAUCAGAAGCUCUCAGUUAAUUCCUGAGAUGCAGGAAGCAUUCUUUAAAUGCCAGGUUUGCGCUUUCACCACCAGAGUAGAAAUCGAUCGUGGCAGGAUUGCUGAACCAUCAGUGUGCAAGAACUGUAACACAACGCACAGUAUGGCAUUGAUUCACAAUCGAUCCAUGUUCUCUGACAAGCAGAUGAUCAAACUGCAGGAGUCUCCUGAAGAUAUGCCAGCUGGGCAGACCCCACAUACGGUUGUGCUGUUUGCUCACAAUGACCUUGUUGAUAAAGUGCAGCCAGGUGACAGAGUUAAUGUCACAGGUAUCUACCGGGCAGUCCCAAUUCGAGUUAAUCCACGUGUCAGCAGUGUACAAUCCGUGUAUAAGACCCACAUUGAUGUCAUACACUACCGCAAGACAGAUUCAAAACGCUUGCAUGGUGUCGAUGAGGAAACGGAGCAAAAAAUGUUUACAGAGGAACGUGUGAAAAUUCUCAAAGAGCUUUCUAAAAAAGCAGACAUAUAUGAGAGACUUUCUUUAGCACUGGCUCCAAGUAUCUAUGAGCAUGAAGAUAUCAAAAAGGGUAUCCUGCUUCAGCUUUUUGGGGGAUCAAGAAAGGAUUUUACUCACACAGGAAGAGGCAAUUUUCGUGCAGAGAUCAACAUUCUUCUCUGUGGUGAUCCUGGUACUAGCAAAUCACAGCUGCUCCAGUAUGUGUAUAACUUGGUUCCUCGAGGCCAGUAUACUUCUGGCAAAGGCUCAAGUGCAGUUGGUCUUACUGCAUAUGUGAUGAAGGAUCCAGAAACACGGCAACUGGUUCUUCAGACAGGUGCUCUAGUCCUUAGUGACAAUGGCAUUUGCUGCAUCGAUGAGUUUGACAAAAUGAGUGAAAGCACAAGAUCAGUUCUACAUGAAGUAAUGGAACAACAGACACUCUCCAUUGCAAAGGCUGGAAUUAUUUGCCAACUGAACGCCCGUACGUCUAUCCUGGCAGCAGCUAACCCUAUAGAAUCACAGUGGAAUCCGAAAAAGACUACUAUUGAAAACAUUCAGCUUCCUCAUACACUGUUGUCAAGAUUUGACUUGAUCUUUUUGAUGUUGGAUCCACGUGAUGAAGCUUACGACAGGCGUCUUGCUCGCCAUUUGGUUUCACUGUACUACCAAAGUGAAGAGAAGAUGGAGGAGGAAUACAUGGAUAUGGCAAUAUUGAGGGAUUACAUUGCAUAUGCUCGUAGUUACGUAAAUCCCAGAUUAAGUGAAGAAGCAAGCCAAGCCCUUAUUGAGGCAUACGUGGACAUGAGGAAGAUUGGUAGUGGCAGGGGAAUGGUUUCUGCAUAUCCUCGACAGCUUGAGUCCCUGAUCCGGCUGGCAGAGGCGCACGCCAAGGUGCGCUUUUCAGAGAAAGUUGAAACAAUUGAUGUAGAAGAAGCAAGACGCCUCCAUCGGGAAGCACUGAAACAGUCUGCUACUGAUCCAAGGACUGGAAUUGUGGACAUAUCCAUUCUCACUACCGGAAUGAGCGCAACAGCUCGCAAGCGGAAAGAGGAAUUGGCUCAAGCCUUAAGGAAGCUUAUCCAGUCAAAGGGUAAAUCACCGUCUUUGAAGUACCAACAGCUUUUCGAUGAUCUCCGAGCCCAGUCUGAUACAGCUGUCACGAAGGAAAUGUUCGAAGAAGCACUUCGUGCCUUGGCUGAUGAUGACUUCUUGACUGUGACUGGAAAGACUGUGAGACUGCUGUGAGUUAACCUAUCUGUGGAAGGCCGCUGUCACGACUUCUACUUCGCCUUACUUAAGAUAGUGUCAGUCUGCAAGAUCUUUGAGAUUGGGACUAUCAUUUGCUAUGACAGGCAUAGCCUUUCCUUGCCAGCCAACUGUCAUGGCUUUACUUUGCCUUACUGUAUUGCCAGUCUGCAAAAUUUUCAAGAUUAGGGCUAUCAUUUGCUAUGACAAGUGCAGUGACAAUUAAGUGGCACUUCUGUCAUUUCAAGAUAUUACCGAGGACCUAAAAAAUCCUCAUCUGAAUAAUGCUAUUUACAUUUUAGCUAAAUGUAAUUACUAAUAGGUCAAGUGCUAUGUGUUUCUAUGAGGUUUUUUAGAACGUGCUAUAACCAUGUUGCUUGUAUUUCCAAUUGAAUUGUAAAAAUUCCUCUAAGUGACUUUUUAGUAAACAGUUUGACUAUUAGUAUUGCUGUAAUCUGAAAUAAAGUUAUUUGACUUAAAAGGGCUCUUUAGCAUUCAUUUCAAGUAAAAAUUAGCAUAUCCUGUGCUGAGCACUUUUCAGUCUAGAAUUCUUAAAUUUUUCAGAAGUUCUUUGUGACAGCAUAAAAGGAGCUUUGCUUUUUUCCUUUUUUGUUUGUUUGUGGUUUUGUUUGGUUUUUUUGUUUGCUUUGUUUGACUUGAGUGUACCGUGGAAGUAUCCUCAACGUAAAAAAGACAGAUUCUACCUGAAACCACAUUUCCUUGCUUCAAUUUGAAGUAUGACUGGAUAAAUUUGGAUGCCCAUCUUUGGUGUAAUGGUAUAUGAUCAGUUCUGAAAGAACAAGGUCCAGUAGCAUGACUGGAAAAUCUUGCCACACCGUAUCCAGGGUAGAUUCUCUCAGCUAUGGCACAUCAGUAGCUGCUAUUUUCACAGAUGCAUUAGCAGGAGUUCCCAAAUUCACUUUGGUACAGACAACACCAGGCUCACCUCACCAGCUCACUUAGCUCUGUUAUUCCUGUGUUCUGUGCUACUGCUUCUUAACAGAAUGGAAGCAAUUUUCCCCAAAAAAGGAGAGGCCCUUAAAACCAAUUUUUUCUUGCUGCUGGCUCAUUAUUUGAUCAAGAUACUGUUUACCUUUAGUUGAAUUUUCACUGAUUUGCUUUUUAGUAGAAGGAAGAAACAGUCUAACCUACAGUAAAAAUACAGCAUAUGUUGGAAUGAUCAAGUUAAUCCACAGCCAUCUCUCCCCCGUCUUGUUUCUUAGUAUGCAAGUCACUAUCACCUCAUCUUCCUGGGUUUUAGGGACUGGAAGGAUGUAGUUCUUCUUGUGCUUUUCUGUAGAGGAAGUCUAGGUUCCCUGACUCAAGUCUUAAAAGUUUGAUACAAGUAAGCUUAGAUCCCAGGAGCUUGACACUUCUCUUCAAAAGACGUCUGUGAAAUAAAAUUCCAAACUCCCUUAAAUUCCAGGAUCAUAAAUACUCUAAUGGCACUUGCCUUGUGAGAUGUUAUUUUCCUCUCUGCUAUGUUAUUUAUGUAUUUUGCUUAGAAUACAACAGUCUAAUGAUGUCUUCCUUCCUUCCCCAUUGUACCAAAUCUUUAGUUCACAGUUACUAUCUGCCUUUUAGGUGAGACUGAUACAGUUCUAAGCUUUUUACUUUUUGAAAACAUCACUUGCAUACUUUUUUCAUUGACACUGGUCCCUAAAGUACUACCUCAGUUCAUAAACCUUUCUCUCCCCUGUUUUUCUACUCUCAUAAGCUAUAAGACUGUCCUUCUGAACUACCUGGUACCUUCUCUUGUCAGACAAAACAGCACCAACAAAGUUUCUUAAACAUGUUUUUGAGCUGAAGAAAGUUGAUAUAGUGUUUAAAAAAAUAAAUAUAAUGCAUCUGACUACAUCAGCAACAUUCCUUAAAAUUGUCUGUCAAUAUGGAAACUAUUACUGUAAGACACAAAUUGGUUGUUCAUCUACUUGCAAAUUUUUAAUGCAUAUUGAAUUGUGUAGCCACAAUAAAGUGUUAUGGGAAAUGGAAA